GUUAGCAAGGCUGACAUUUCCGAAUAGCCCUUGAACGCGGCAUAUGACUGGAGGCUGCGAGAACAAUUAUCUGCCUUUUAGCAGCUAGUGUGACCUGCGGUCUUGAAGAAUAGCCCAACGUUAGCGAAAUAAUCAACAUCUGACUAGUUUGAGGGUUUUAAACGAGGAGAUGGCGUCGAAUGAUUACCCUCCGACUGCAGCCCAGGGAUAUGGGUCCUAUGGUGGUGGCCAGGCCAGCCUGAUUGGCUACGGUCAGUCGUCCACCCAGCAGGGCUACGGCAGCAGUGGCGGCUACAACCAGAGCUCUGAGGGCAACUCCGCCUCCUGCGGCCAGGGAGGCUACGGGUCUAACUACGGCCAGUCGCAGUCAGGAGGAUAUGGUUCUCAGCCUCCAUCCCAGGGCGGUCAGCCCUACAGCUCUGGGGGCUACAACAACAACAGUAGUAGUAGUCAGCCACCACAGAGCGGCUACAACCAGCAGUCGCCUUACUCUGGAUAUGGACAAGGACAGUCUGCUGCUGCACAGUCUUCUACCAGUAGCUAUGGCAACAACUCCCAGCCCUCUAGCUUCGGGCAGCAGCAGUCGCAGAGUGGGGGCGGGGGCAGCUAUGGGAGCCAGAGCGGAAGUGGCUAUGGGGGUAGUGGCAUUGGACAGAGUGGGGCUUAUGGGGGCAGUGGGGGUCAGCAGCAGCCCGGGGGGGCUCCCUACAGCCAGGCCCCCAGCUACAGCUCACCCCCACCCCAGAGCUACGGCCAGCAGACCAAGUACAGUCAGGGGGGUGGAGGAUACAGAGGUAACUCUCCACCAAUGGGAGGAGGGGGUGGAGGAGGGUAUGGUGGCUCGGACGGAGGCUACGGAGAUAGUGGAGGGCGAGGCCGUGGAGAAAGGGGAGGCGGCUUUAGGGGUCGCGGGGAUGGUGACCGAGGAUUUGACCGAGGUGGUGGACAAAGAGGCACUGGCGGCAUGGGAAUGGGCGAUCGUGGAGGAUUCAAUAAGUUUGGUGGACCGAGAGACCAGGGACCUGUUGGGCCCAGUUCCAUGGAAGACCAGGAUAACUCUGACAACAACACCAUCUUCGUGCAAGGCAUGGGAGAUGGCUACACCGUUGAUUCUGUGGCUGACUUCUUCAAGCAGAUCGGCAUCAUCAAGAUCAAUAAGAAGACUGGUCUGCCCAUGAUCAACCUGUAUACAGACCGAGAGACAGGGAAGCUGAAGGGCGAGGCCACCGUGUCCUUUGACGACCCCCCUUCUGCCAAAGCUGCCAUCGACUGGUUUGAUGGGAAGGACUUCAAAGGGAACCCCAUCAAGGUGUCCUUUGCGACCCGCAGGGCGGACUUCGGAGUAGGCCGGGGUGGGGCUGGCGGCAUGAGAGGAGAACGAGGAGGUGAGGCAGAGUUUGGUGGGCCGAUGGGUCGUGGCGGGUUCGGAGGUGGUAGAGGAGGAGGAGGAGGAGGAGGAGGAGGAGGAGGAGGAGGUGGUGGUGGUGGUGGUGGUGGUGGUGGUCUCUCAGGCGACAACGGUGGCCGUGGCAAUGGAGGACAGCAGAGAGCUGGAGACUGGAAGUGUUCCAACCCGGUGUGUGGGAACCUGAACUUUUCUUGGAGGAACGAGUGUAACCAGUGCAAGUCCUCCAAACCAGAGGGGACCGGAGGUGGCGUGUCUCCUAUGGAUGGAGGCGGAGGUUUUGGAGACCGAGGGGGUCGUGGGGGUUUUGACCGUGGGGGAUUCCGGGGCCGAGGGGGUGACAGAGGUGGGUUCCGAGGCGGACGCGGAGGUGACAGGGGUGGAUUCGGACCUGGCAAGAUGGAUGGAAGGGGUGAACACAGACAGGACCGCAGAGACAGGCCCUACUAGACCAACGCCACUCCAAGCUGGGACUAGUCCUCCAUCCUGCUCCUCCUCUCCAUACCUCCUCUCCUACUUUCCUCUACGACCCCCCUCCCUGCCCAACUCCCUCCCAAACCCUCCUUUUAUACAGUGUUACAAGGUUGUUACUUUGACCAUGUUUCUUGACUGUUUUGACAGACCUGAGUAUCCCAUAAACACUCACACUCCCCAUAAUCCCCACUCCCUCCAAAGUUUGGUAAACUUGAUUUUAUUUGUUCUUGAAGAGCUCUUUACAUUUGUUGCUGUCUUUUGAGUUGUUUUGGAAUCUUAAUGUUUUGUUUUUAAAAUUAAAGUAUUUAAAAAACCAAA